ACUGCAUAUUAUUUUUUUUCCCUUCCGCUGUAUUUACAUUUUUUGCGCAACGUAGUUAGUUUAAAUUCAAACGAAGUGCAAGUUAGUGCUUGAUUAUCACAGCAAUAGAAACACGGCACAUUAAUGAGGCACCGACGAAGGCACCACCUAAGCCAAAAAUAGGCGAAAAAAAAGAAACAUAGAAAAGAACAAAAUUAUUCCGUUCGAUUGUUUUGGUUUGGUGCUGUGGCUGCACCUGCUCAAAGCAUUAAAAUAACGCAUAAAGUGAAUAUAUUUGAGAGCGUAGCUAACGUCUGCGAUCUGCAGGCGUCGGCGGGUGCGAGACGGUCAGAUUUAUUGAAUUUUAAUAUUUUGGCGCACGGAGUAGCGUAACCAGCCGCUACGCAAUGGACGACAGCAGCAGCGGACGCACCUCGUUGGCGGACAGCGCCAGCUUGGCAACAGCUUCGCUGCAGAGCGGCAGCUCCAGUCAAAAUAUUGCCAACGAUGGCCUCAUCCACGUCUACAAUUAUCGCAGGGGCGACUACGAGAAGUUCUCGCCGUCGCUUCACUGCGAAGAGAUAUGCACCAUAAUGUGCCGCCAUAUGGAUAUACUGCCCACAGCGGUGCUGCUGUUCGGUAUACGCGAGCAGAGCAACGGCACCGAGACAUCACCGAUGACGCUUAAAGUAAAGCACAAGUGGCAGCUGCCCGGCGAACUGCUCAAUAGCAGUGUGCGCUACUGUUUCCGGAUGCGGUUCCGUGUCCCGGAACUGGACAGACAGCUGCCAGUGAUUGAUGUGCACUGCCACAAGUAUUUGUAUCACCAGAUGCGCUACGAUAUGCUGCACGAGCAGAUCGCAGAGAUACGCUAUCCGGAGCAAAGGGACAAAGUGAUGGGUCUGGCUGUAAUGGAUAUGGUAAUUGACAGGGAGGAGCAGCUGCUGCUGGCGCAGGCCGUCGAGAAGGCCUACAAGAGCUAUUUGCCGCGUAGUUUGUGGCGCGCCCACCGCAUCUUUGUGCGCUCCAAAAUACGCAGCACCUUUCGACGUCUGAACAGCAAUCGACCGAACGUGGACAGCCUUAAGUGGCACUAUGUGCAUCAGAUCUGCGACCUGGCGCCCACCUAUCUAACCGAACAGUUUAAUGCCACCGUUGAAUAUUUCCCCAAUGAGUCAACAACGGAGCCACCCCAUGGCAACGGCAGCAUCGCCAGCUCAACGCGCACCUCGACCACAACGCUAGUCACAGGCUCCAACACGACCCUCUCUACCACGAUAACCGGGCCCGGUAAUCAGCGCAACGACAGCGGCAGCGACACCCACACACUGCGUGGCAGCCAGCAGACCCCACAGCCAAGUCGUCACAGGGCCUCCCAGCAGCAGCAGCUGCAGGCCAACUCCAUACCCGUCUAUGUCAGGCUCUUUCAUCAUGAUUCACCCGAGCCGGGCCUAAAGGUGGCGCGCGUCACAUCGGAAGCCACACUAAAGUGGAGUCUUGUGGCCGUAGUCGAAGAUAUUUUCUCGCUUUAUAAGGAGAGCGAACAGGUCGUGCGUCUGGAAAUCGUUGGCUUUCCUAAGGGGUAUCAUAUGCGCUUUGAAACGGAACACGAGAUGAAAUCGUUUAUAUCCUAUCUGGGCAUUUAUAUAAGAUUGACAGUGAAAUGGAUGCAGGACUUGUGUCCAUCGUAUAAGACACCAUCGCUGGAGGAGUUGGAGCGUUUGUAUUGUCACGGACCCAUCGGCGGUGGCUACUCAUUUAUGAAACUGCACGAGAACGGCGACAAAUGCGGCAGUUAUAUUGUGCGCCAGUGCGAUCGGGAGUAUAACACAUAUUAUAUUGAUAUCAAUACAAGAAUUGUGGCGAGAAACAGCGAUCAUGAUCGAUGCCAAACUGAGACAUUCAAGAUCAUACGCAAGGACAAGCAAUGGAAGCUGGAACACAAGAGCGAUGAGCACAUCUUUGAUCAGCUAUCAGAACUGGCCCAGUUUAUACGCACCGAUAGCCCCGAUCGUAUACGCAUACCGGCCUCUAAAUAUGAUAAGCCGCCGUUGUUGCUGCUCUGUUUGCCAAAAAAUUUAAAAACCAAAAAGACUGAAGCGGAAUUAAGUGAAGCGGAAUUGCAGCGUCGUAAUCCUCAGAUAUUUAAUGCUAAAACUGACCUACAAUGGUACCGAGACUCGAUUAAUGACAGCGACGAUGACAAGGUGUACACAAUGCGCGGUGACUGGAUGCAGCAGGGCUCGUUCAAGGAUGUGCCAGUCACAAUGAAAAUGCUAAAGUACGAUGCGAAUUUUGAAGAGUUCAUGAAACUGGCGCAAACCUGGAGCCUAAUACAGUCGCCGCAGUUUAUUAAACUGUAUGGCCUAACACUAUCCGUGCCAUAUACAAUGGUCAUGGAGUACUCGAAAUACGGGCCGUUAAAUAAAUUUCUGCAGAUGCAUCGAAACAUUAGCAUGUAUUGUUUGCUGGACGUGAUGCAUGGCCUGGUGCGUGGCAUGCACUAUCUGGAGGAUAAUAAGAUAAUACACAACUACAUACGCUGCUCCAAUUUGUACGUUACCAAAUACGACUCCGAGAAGUAUGUGCUCGAUGCCAAAAUCAGCGAUCCCGGCUGUCCGCGUCCCUACAAGCAAUCCGAUUCACCCUGGAUACCGAUUAAGUACUACAACAACCUGGAGGGAGCCAAGCAGGAUUCUAGCACACAGCUCUGGGCAUUUGCGACUACCAUUUAUGAGAUAUUCUCGCGCGGCCAGCUGUCGCUGGAUCAGUUGAAACAGCGCGAUCUCAUACGCAAUCGAACCAUUGAUGGCGGCAUAUUGAAGCCGCUCAACCAACGCCUCUGCCCACCUGAAAUGUACAAUACAAUUAUGGAUGGCUGGAGCGAUGAUCCGGAUAAGCGUUUCAGUCAUCACGACAUAUUUACGCGACUGAAUGCCAUCAAAACCCGCUUACAACGAAACUACGAUGUGCCUGAAACGGAAAUGGAGUCAUUCGAGUACUCGGAUGACCAUAUGCACUGCAACGACGAUGAGAAUGACUUCAGCAGCGAAGCGCACGCAUCUUUUAAUGGCCAUGGCCUGCCAAAUGGCCAACACCAUUCGCCGGACUCGGACAGCAUGACUAUGUGCAAUGGCGCCGUCGGCCUGAGCAGUGAAUUCUUUGCAAAUUCACAUGACUUGCCGCUGGUGAUGCAGUUGUACGACUGCAAGGUUAUAUACCGUGAGAAGCACAAGAUUGGCCAGGGUCAUUAUGGCACCGUAUAUAGGGGUGAACUCGAAUAUCAUGAUAAGGAUCGCCCCAAAGAGCAGGUGGCCAUUAAGAAACUGAAAACCGUGCAGGUAACCAAUGAUUUUCUGCGCGAGAUCGACAUCAUGCGCAAGCUGGACCAUCCCAAUGUGGUCAAGUUCAAGUAUUGGGCAGAAAAAUCGCUAAGCAUCAUCAUGGAGUACUUUGAAUUUGGCUCGUUUAUUGUCUACCUAAGUUCACGCAAGCCAAGUCUCACCAAUGCCCGCCUAUUGGCCUUUGCCCUGGACAUUGCCCAUGGCAUGGACUAUUUAUCUGGCAAGGGUCUCAUACAUCGCGACCUGGCAGCCCGCAACAUUCUAGUCGAUCGUUCUUGUGUAAAAAUCUCAGAUUUUGGCCUGGCCCAGUUUGCCAAUGCCGAUGGCUACUACUAUGGCAUCAGCCAGCGUGAUAUACCCAUUAAAUGGUAUUCGCCCGAGGCCAUUGAGACUCUUAAGUUCUCAUCGUAUUCAGAUGUCUGGAGCUAUGGCGUAACGCUCUUUGAAAUGUUUUCACGUGGCGAAAUACCAAAUCUGGUGCCUGGGCAAGAUUUAACACAGGAUCAGUUUCUCAAUCGCCUACGCCAAGGAAAACGAUUACCAAAGCCGGAGCUAUGUUCGGACUUUGUGUACAACGAGCUGAUGCUUCCCUGUUGGCAUGAAACUCCCAAAUCUCGACCAACAUUUCAACAAAUUAUACAAAUCAUAACAAGCGAAAUUGGCGACAAUGUUGGAUCUGCAACGGGCAGUCAGCAGCAGUUGCAACAACAGCAACAACAGCAGCAGCAGCAGCAACAGCAGUUGCAGCAGCAACAACCACUGAAUAGGGGCACAUCGUUAGAGGACAUGUAUAAGGGAUUAACGAUCACCUAAACACAAAAGGAAGAAUCCCAAGUGGGAAAAUCGUUUUAAAAUUCUUCUUGGCGGUUAUAGAUGACAGCAGCAUUAAAAUUGCAUUGUUACUGUUUUAUCAUUUUAAGUUGUUAUUAUUUUUAUCUUAACUACUUACACACUCAUAUAUACACACAUACACACUCACACACUCACACAAAAAAACACACGUUUUUAAAACGUUGGACGCAUGUGCUUUACAACAACACAGUUUCGGUUGAAACUAAGCUAUAUAUAUAUAUUUAUACAUAUAUAUUUAUAUAUAUUAAUACAUACAUACUGUUCUUUAUUUUUAUCUCUGCUCUUUAACUGAACCUCUACCUAAUUGAAGUUCUUAAAAUUUUCCUUUCUGCUACGUCCGAGUAGCAUUCAAAUUGUCUUUGAAAUUCUCAUUUUAGUUUGUUAAAAUUUUUAGACAACAUUGUUAAACAUUUGCUUAGCUUGAUAUUAUUAAUAAUGUACAAAAGUGAAUGCAUGAUGCAUAUUGCCCAUGCGUAGCACAUCGACCACUUAUAUAUGUUCAAUCCUAAUCAAGCGAAUAAAUAAAACGUAUUUUAUGUAAAAUGUACUCAAAUAUAUGUGCACAUAUAGAUAAUGUAUCUGUAUAAUAUGUAAAAAAAUCAAAUUGACAACAUUUUAAUGCGGGUCAAUCAUACUUUAUAUAUACGCCAUUUUAAAUCAAUAAAAACGAAUUGAUAAACAAAUUGAAUACGCUUCUUGUUGUACUCAUGCUUAUACGGGUUAACAAGCGGGUAAAGCCCGGCUCUGCCUGGGCAAAGUUUGUAUCUUCAAAUUAUGCACAUCAUUCUUUCAUCCAAUAGGCAGUCAGUCAGUCAGGGUAAACAUUUUUACAUAUAUAUGU